UUUGCUAGCAGAAAAGAUCGCGUUUCAGCUGUCGCUCCCAUAUUCCCUCUCCCACUUCAUUCGGCUUUAAACACAUUCAUAUUUCCUUCUUCUAGGAGAAAACCCUAGACCUAGAACAUGUCUGGUAUGUACGGUUACGAAGACGACAGAUCUGCUCCUCCGCCAUCCGGCGGCGGUAGAGGAUAUGGCGAUAACGGUGGCGGUGGUUAUGGAGGUAGCGGUGGCGGUGGUUAUGGAGGUAGCGGUGGCGGUGCUGGAGGAUACAGAGGCAGUGGCGAUGCAGGAUACGGUGGCGGCCGAGGUGGAGGCUUUGGCGGUCGAGGUGGAGGUGGUGGAAGAGGAGGGGGAGGAAGUGGAGGAUAUGCUGGUGGCGGAUAUCAGGGAGGAGAUCGGGGCGGUCGAGGUGGAGGUGGCCGCGGUGGUGGAAGCGGCAAGGAAGGUGAUUGGCGUUGCCCUGAACCCAGCUGCGGGAAUCUGAACUUUGCAAAAAGAGUUGAGUGUAACAAAUGCGGUGCACCCUGUCCUGCUGGUGAUCGUGGUGGUGGCGGCAGUUAUAACAGAGGAGGAAGUGGCGGAGGAUAUGGUGGCAAUCGAGGGGGCAGAGGUGGUAAUUAUGAUGGUGGAAGUGGCGGAGGUAGCAGAGGUGGUUCUUAUGGUGGGAAUCAAGGAAGAGAUACUGCUGGUUAUGGUCAGGUUCCUCCAUCGGGGCCUCCAUCUUAUGAUGGGUCCAGUGGCAAUUAUAUAUCACCUCCAAACACUUACGGCGGAAAUCCUAAUUAUGGGACAGAUGCUGUUCCUCCACCUGCAAGCUAUACUGGUGGACCCAAUUCAUUACCCCCAUCAUAUGGUGCCCCUGUUGGAUAUGUUGGUGAUGCCCGCGGUGGUGGCCGGGGUGGCCCACCUGGUGGAUAUGGUGCUGGUCCACGAAAUCCUGGUGGUGGUUUUGGUGUUGCUCCUGCUGAGGUUCCAGAAAACGUGAAGCAAUGUGAUGAGAACUGUGGGGAUUUAUGUGAUAACUCAAGAAUUUAUAUUUCAAAUUUACCUCCAGAUGUGACUACCGAUGAACUGAGAGAACUUUUUGGUGGCAUUGGACAAAUUGGAAGAAUCAAGCAAAAGAGGGGCUAUAAGGACCAAUGGCCCUGGAGUAUAAAAAUAUACACAGACGAGCAGGGGAAAAACAAAGGAGAUGCAGUUUUAUCUUAUGAGGAUCCAUCUGCAGCACACUCUGCUGGCGGCUUUUAUAAUAAUCACGAUAUGAGGGGUUUUAAAAUCAACGUUGCAAUGGCCGAGAAGUCCGCUCCAAGGGCUCCUCCUGCAUUUAGCAAAUGCGUGUAAGAUGCCUUUGACGGGGAGUGCCACGUUGUUCCUUGUGCUUUUUGCUUCAACCCAAUCAAUGAAUAGGAGCUACAGAUCAUGUUCGAUAGCGAUCUGCAUAAUGGAUAACCAAAUAUCCUCUUUGGUGAAGAAUGCAGCAUUUUGAACUCUCAAUGUGCAUGUCUUAUAAUUCCUAUUUGUGAAUUUGGAGUUCCCAAUUUAAUGGUUGGUGGUGGUUACCAUCUGUUUUAUCCCCUACAUUUCUAACUUUUAAGAGGAAAAAUAUCAUAAAAUAGUUUAUUCGGAUGUGAGGUGCAUUUUAUUGGCCUUUGUUACUGUGAAAUUUUGGCUGAUUUUUUUUUUUUUUUUGGAUUGGGUAUACACUAGUGCUAGAAUUUUCGGUUCUUAGUACAAGGGAUGCACUUUGGGUGAAAUGACGGGUUACCGUUGACCAAGUCCCAAUCUCUAUCUUUUGGUAGGAUUUUUUUUUUUUUUUUUUUUUUGUUACCAAUCCUUUAAUUUCAGGUAUAGGCCGUGGCAAUCUUGGACCUUGGAUUGUUGUAGAGUCAUGCAAAUGACAAAACUCGUCUAUCGUGAAUGCAAGAAAAUUUAAAUCUAA